GAAAGCCCACAGUAGGAGGAGAGGAGAAGGGGAGAGCCCACAGUAGGAGGAGAGGAGAAGGAGACAGCCCACAGUAGGAGGAGAGGAGAAGGGGGAAGCCCACAGUAGAAGGAGAAGAGGCAGUCCCCUAUGGGAGGGGUAGGCUGUGUAUAUGAAACAGUUCGUGUAGCAGGAAGUUUUAAUUAGUUCUAAAUUCUCAUCAAGUCUGCACCCCAGGGGCAGUCAGCAUGGGGCAGAUAGAAUGGGCAAUGUGGGCCAACGAGCAGGCCUUGGCAUCUGGACUGAGUGAGUACCCUCUAACUGCACAAUGUACCUGGGAUACUUACAAUGUGUUAACCCAUUCUGUGCUGUGUACUGCCAUCAAUAACUAAUGGGUUAAUCAUUUCAUCAUAAUAUCACUUAUCUACAGCCUUUAUUUUACUAAAUGAUCUAAAAUAAAAAGUCUUUAGAAUGUAUUUAUUCAUAGCCACCUGUUAUGUGGGGUACUUUUUAAAAGAAUGUUGCAGAUAUUUUAGAAAUCUGAGAUAAUUUCAUUAAAUGAUAAUAUGAUAUUCAUUUAUUACUGAUAUCUUAUUUUGUCCACCAGCUCCUCAAGGGUUAAUAUUCUAGGAAUUCCACCUUUUAAAGCAAUAAUAAUGUAACAAUGAAUGAGGAAGUGAAACCUGUGUGUGAGUUCUCCAUCUGCCUCAAAGUACCAAACCCACAUAUUUACAUCAUGACAACUGGGGUUCUACACCUGUUCUUACCAUUUAAUCUGUCCAUCCACCCCAUGCUUAAUGGCUACUGCGCUACAGAUUAUGUUGGUGCUUUAUAAAUCAUGUUUAUUCAUUCCAGAUAAUAACCUGGCCAGCCAGUCUGGGUUUUUAUAGCUGGUAUUUUACAAGCCUUAUUAAUGCACUUUCCAGAACAUAUUGAGGUGUAGACAGGGAGUAUUAGAAUACAGGAACAUUUUUUAACUUGUUACUUCCUGGUAAGGUGUGAUGUAAGUAAGAACAUUCUGAGAAAGGAUUCAUGGCAUUUUAGAAGCUUUGUACCCCUUGCUGGCAUUGGAUUGUCCCUCCUGUGCUAGUACUGUUAAGUAGCAAAUAAUUUCACUUUAUAAAUGUUAAAUUAGAAAGGUAAACGGCAAAGUACCGGUAAUGCCAUACUGUCCCAGCAUUAAAAUUAGGAUUUGUAAUUACCGUGCCGAGAACUCUGAUUUACCUAGUGCUAUAAUGGCGCAGGGUGCAGCAGUUUAACCCUUGGGGUCCUCCCUCACUAUUUCCAUUUUUUUUUUUUAAGGGUCACUGGUGGUUAGGGGGGGCUUCAUUUGAGCAGAGCCCAUCCUUUUUCACCUUCUGUAUCUGUUAACAUCAUUUUGUAUGUAAACUACAAUUUCCCUACUGCAUAAUUGUAAAAUGCUACAUAAUAUGUUGGCGCCAUGUAAUUGCUGCUGUUUAUAAUAGUGUUGGGGACUUGGGUUUAAGGAGUGUGAAUGGUGACUCCCCACAAGCCAUAACCACCCCCUAACUAUGACAACCUCAAGCCAUAACCACCGCCUAUGACACCCUCAAACCACAAACACCCCCUAACUAAGCUUUAACCAUAACCACCUGCAAACCAUAAACACCCCGUCUAACUAUGACAACCUCAAACCAAGCUUUAACCAUAACCACCCUCAAACCAUAAACUCCCCCUAACUAGGCUUUAACCAUAACCACCCCCUAUGCUCUAACCAUAACAACUUACAAACCAUAAACCCCACCUAACUUUGCCAACCUCAAAACAUAAACGUCUCCUGACUAUGACAAGCUCUAACUAUAACCAACCGCUAACCAUAAACACCAUCCUAACUAUGAUAACCUCUAACCAUAAGACUCCAUAUUCUACGUAUAUAUUUCAGCUUGAUUGUAUUACUGAGUACCCAGCUCUUUCUUGCUCCCCCCCUAACCUUUACCCUUGGUGUAAUCUGUGUGUAUUGUUUUAUACACCCAGUCCCCAAUCCGAACGUAGUCUGAGUGUGUGAUUUGUAACGCCACUGGAAACACGAUGUCCCUCUGUGCCUCAUUUCCCAUCAUGCUCAUCUAACAUAUGGACUUCAUGUCAAAAUAACAAAGUUGAAAAAAAUAUCCCAAAAGUUUACUUCUUCUAAAAUGUUGCAGUUUAGCUUUAAUUCCCCACAGUUUUCAAUUUAGUGAAUAUUCCCCCAGACGAUCUUACUGAAUCGUUUCACAGUGCAUUGCGCAGUAAAGGGUUAGCACUGUCUUGCGCUCCAGUGGGCGAAAUGCUCGCUUGGUGACAGUUUGCUUGGGCAAUUACUGAUUUGCAAGACAGCCGGCUAGUUCAGCUUUCAGGAGGGAAGUGGGGAGAGAACUGGGUUGCUGCAGAGAAUAUCUUGAAGCAAUAUCCUGACACAUAGUGAUUGCUCAAAAGUAACAUUUCAGUGGAAGAAGGGAAGGCAUGUUUGGAAAUGUAACUUCUGCUUUAACUGUUAAGUUUUCACAGUGCAUUUAAAAGUUUUAGCCCCAAAUAUCAUUCUCACCCCAUUACCUGGUAGCGUGCUUCUUGCAUUGAGCUUAAUGAUAGUGCUGGAUAUAUUUCCCAUGAGCAAUCCAACUGCCAUCUUGGAUCAACAAACCAUUAAAUUAUUUUAGUGAAAGUUGUGUUGUGUGCCUUGUGCUGAACAUGGAAUAGUUUAACCUUAUUUAUUGCUAUUCAAUACCACAUGUUGUACCCCACUCCCAGCAUUGUAAGGUUUGAUGUAGUGGGGACAUGCUAGUGCCUUACAGGGAGUGGAAAGGGAACAUGUCGUGGUGAUAUCUAUGAAGGAGUUCGACAUUUUUACAUCAUUGCAUUGCCCUCAAUACCGAACUUGUACAUAUGUCUAACAAAGUGAUGUCUAGCCUUAAGGACAGCUGAGCAUCUUGGGUAGUGCAGAAACACCUGGGGUGUAUAGCCAUGGGUGCACCAACACAAUGUAUGUGUCUUUCUAUAUGCAAAGCCCAACUAAUGUCUUUUAAAGCUGCUCUGUCACUUUUCAGUAUUUAAUGAAUAUAUAAAUUUUACAAAAUACUGAUCCUGAAUGUGUUUGAAUUUCAUUGACACUCUAACUCAAUCCAAAGAUACCAUAAACUAAGUAGUAGGACAAGCCUGAAGUUGACAAAAGUUAUUAAAAGGCGGAGUUUUGCCACCAACUAUUGUCCUGUGGGAUGCAGGCAUCGUCUCGCUUAUCACUGGGAUUGGAUCUUGGUUUUGAACAUUAAAAUGUUUCCUGAUCCCUUUGUGCACCGUUACUCUGUUCGUAUAAUAGAAAUGUCAGAAUUUCAAUAUAACGCUAUGGAAUAACUAGAUUGUCAGCUCUGUAGCAAGAGCAUGAUGUUCAUUGUAUGACCUAUUGCUCUGUCUUUGCAGCUCUCAUUUUGGAAGGUAUAAAUUGUAAGCUCUGAGGGCAAGGGUCGGCUGUCCUAUUUAUGAUUUAUUUUUAUUUUUUCCUCUCUUUUUGCAGUUUACAUGGCAGGAGGCAUCGUGGCAGUCGCCGGACAGUUUAAAAACUGGCAGUUCGGUGCUUAUGGAAUGUAUCCUUUGUGAAAUUUAGUAAAUAUUUUAGGUAACUCCAGGUAUUCCAGCUGUUUGAGAGUUAUCGGAGAUGUAGUCACAACGUAUCAUUGGAAUUAUAGUCCCAGAAAGUCAUCGUUCACAGAACUUAGAAUGAAGGAAGAUGCCAAUUUUAAAUCUCUAUGUACACAUGAUUUGUUAUUUUUAUAGGAUAAUCUUGCUAUAUUUUGCCCAGUUCCUUCUCCCUUCUUUUUGUUAAUGGGUUACUCACUAAACUGUGAAUUGCUAGGGAUUUCAGGCCAAAAUAGCUGAUAGGAAAAAAGUGGAUGUGGACAAUUAUUUUAAUGUGGCUAUUUUGACCGUAAAAUGUGCAACUUCUUCGUAGGAAAUCCCUCAACAUUUCUGAAUAACUCCUAACACACCUUACAUACAUGCAUUACUAUUCUGCUAUUUGAAGACGUGUGUCUUUAAAUAUGAGGUUACCUUUAUACUUUAACACAAAUGUCAGGCACACACCAACGCUCUUUUAAAGACGAUUAAUAAUUAUUUCUGUCUUACGAUCUCCCGGUCUAUAUCUCAUAGCUUUCUAACUCUGUAACUAAAACAUUAUAUGGAGUUACUGUGCAGCGGGGGCUGGGAUAAUUCUAAUAAGCCCGUAGAUAAUUUCUGUUGGUACCAUUACCACCCAAAAGCUGUUAAUAAUCAAGUGAGCCAUAAAAGUAGUUUUUGAUUUAUUUAGAAACCUCUCUUUAUUUUAUUGUUCUACUUGUUGAGGUAAUGCAAUUAUAUAUUUUAAAUUGUCACCACCAAUUAUUUAUUUUGCAUCCAUCUCUUAUCUGUUCAUCAUUUACACCCCAAAAACAAACACAAAUAAUACAGCGGAAUUUCCAACCCAAUGCAGUCAUUGUUCUUGUCGGUUACUGUUUGGAGGAGUUCCAGAAUAUCUGUAAUGACCUCUUCCUCUGUGUCAUUGACCUUCUUCUCCUUUUUUUUUUUUUUUGCCCCUGGGCCAAAUUGUGCUCACUCAGGACAAACUUCCUUUCUUAUGAUAGGGGAAGUUUUGUUUUUUGCCGAUCUAAUUACUUCAUUUAUUAGGCCAAGGUGCCAAUUAGAGAUCUAAUCAGACCACUGCCGAGAAAUCUCUAAUUAUUCGUCUUCAAAGAAUGCAGGUCUAUUUAUAGCGGCAGAAUGACAAUGGUGUUGAUCAUCACUCAUUAGCCGUAACUCAGAUAAUUAUUAUAAUUAUUCUCUUAUGCUCCAGUAUUACACAAGUUACUAUUACUUUAAAUCUGGUGGGAAGAAUUUUCUUAUUGAUAUAAGAACUGUGAACAUAGUUUGAUGCAAAUAUCUGUGGUCUGCAAUGCAACCUGCAAAGUCCAGAAUGCUAUGCUUUAAACACUUAAAUGCAAAUUAAUUGUUUGAGUAUAAUUAUGUUUAUAGGAUCACUAUAGUGUUCUACUCACUGAUUAGAUUUUUGGGCCCUCUCAAAUUCUGUAAAAAAAAAACAAAAAAAAACAACCUUUUGUUACACUUUUUUUUUUGAUCCAGUGUCGAUCUAUCCUCCAGCAAAUUCAUGCUGACUCCUCUUUGUCUUCUCAUCCAGUCUAAUGCUUCUCAUAGAGAAGUAUUGAGGAUGAAGUGCAUGCGCGGCUGAUCACUGUGCUCUUUAAAUGAAAUGCCCUUUAUGAGAAGCAUUGAUUGACGUAUCGAGUGUGACUGUUAUUGAGAUGAAGUGGUCUUUGACCACAAUGAGUCCCAAAACUGGUAUAUUUGGAUGAGGUCAACUGUGCCCCUUUUACUCUCACCUUACGCAGAGGGGCAUGCAAAUUCCAAACUUGUAGGAGUUCAGACUGAAAGAACAGCACAGUCUAGAUCUGGGAUAAAGUUUAAUCUGUGCCAUGGGAGGUUCUUGAUGUCAUUAAGAAAGGAUUCAAGAUUACUUAUUUUUUUUUUUUUUUUUUGAAGGACCUGGUAAUUUUUAAUCUUGGGAGAGGAUUUAGUAGCUUUUAUUUUGAGAACGCAGUGAUUACUGGAACUGUUAGGGAGAACACCUGCCUCCUGGAUUAUAUCAGGAAAAGUGGAGAGAAUCCAUUCUAGCAGGGUAUGGUUAUGGCUUUUAAUGUUUAUUUGAGUUGGGGAGGAGAUUAAUUGCGUUAGCUGCAAAGUCUUAAACAGCGUGCAAGAACUAUUUUUAGGUUUCAGCCAAUCAAUAUUACAAUCUCCAAAGACCAACCAUUCACUUUUAGGGUUUUGAGCUAUGGUUUCACUAAGAAGAUGGGCUAUGUCAGAUAGGGAAAGCACUGGGGAGCUAGGUGGGCGGUAGAUUCCUGCAACAAUUAUUGAUUUUCUGCACGGGAUCUCAAUUGUGCCAUAAAGGAAAUCAAAGUGUGUGUGUGUGUGUCUCAGAUAUGUGGGUCUGUGUGUCCCGGACAGUUAGCUGCACCGUGGGUCUGUGUGUCCCGGCCAGUUAGCUGUGGACCAGUGAGAUGAGCCAGAGUCAUUAACUCAAUGUUGUGAAUUAUAGUAGAUCUAACCAGAAAGGAAACUUUGAACCAAUCUCAUACAAAACCUUCCUUGACGUCCACUCCCAGUGCUGCUGGAGUCUUCAUUUCUCUUUUGGAAUACCCCCGAAGUAAGCGAAAGAAGGGAUCUACAAUGGAAAGAUGGUAACUUUUUUUGUUAACUUAGCUCUCAAAGGAGGCAAUUUCUUAACAUACACAGUUAUUCAAUAAAGUGAGAAUUCCACGUGAAUUUAAAGUCCGUUCUCCAUGUCCACUAUACUUUGAGUUCGGACACUCUGACCUUAAAUUUUUAUAUUUAUGAAUAAUCAAGAUCGAUCUUUCUUUCGUCCAUGGAAUAAAUGGUACUGUCUGUUCUCUCUCUUACAGCGGUCAGUCUGCCAUCACUCCUGUUGUGAAGGUAUUUGGCCCACUCACACGGAACUACUAUGUGCGUGCUAUACUGCACGCAGGGUAAGUAAGGUGUAUUCUAUUUACCUAUUUAAUAUUUUUUUUUUAAAUUUUUUUUUUUAUGAAAAGAACUUCUGAUUCAUUUGAGCAUUAUAAAUAAAAAAAAAGUCCUCAAAAUGUCACAAACACCUAGCAAUGCUUGAUGGUCUUCUAGAAUGAAAAAAACUUUUUUACCAAUUGCAAAGAAAAGUUGAUGAAAGCUGCCUUUUUAACGUAGUUCAAGCCAAGAUUUAUAUUUUGUUAAAGGGUAACUCCAAGUGGGACAUUCCUUAUGGAAAUAGUAUCUUUAAAAUCUGGUUUGUUAUGCAUUAUUACACCAUUGGUUCUCUAGGGAUAAACCAAUCACACAUGUAAUAAAAUUGAAAAGGUUUAUUUAAUGUUGUAGUCGCUUUAAGUUAAGUGGUAUACAUCUCUACAUCCUCACCAAAAAAAGCAUGGUUUCUGGUGUUUCCCUCACUUGCUCUUUCUGUGUAAGUGGAUUAAAAACCAACAGAUUUAUGUGCAGGUUAAAUAAAACGUUAAGAGAUUAAUAGUGUAGUAUCUUUGCUUUUCCAACAGUUUGGCAGUGCCUGGCGGGUUCCUCCUGGCUACUAUCUUGGGCACCGUGUGCCUUGGCAUUGCCAGCAUCAUCUACUUACUGGUGAGUACAAGUGUGAGGGGGGGGGGAAAUUUUUUUAUUUUUUUUUUUAAUUUGUGCAUGUCACAAAAACAACUAAAAAUGAACAUAAACCAGUCAAUCUAUGGAAGUUUUCACCCAAAGGCCGUUAUACAAAGCACUUGGGGUUCAAACCCAUGGUGUGUAAAAUGGUAAAAGAAAAGAGGUGCAUUACAAAGCCUUAUAGGCUGUCAGAUCUAAUGUGAAUACCCAGUGAUGUAUUUAGGAUUUUGGCUAGUCAAAGCCCUGUUGGGUCUACACGCUUCAUACUGACACAAACCUCUUACUGUAUGUAUGUAUGUAUGUAUGAUCGAUCAGUAUAUGUAUCUCUAUAUGAAGGUUCUUUAUGGCAAUUAAUUACCUUGACACUACAUGUCUUUAAACUCCACUCCCCAUGCUGCUCAUCCAGCCCCCAGUAAAAUCAUAUUUCAUACACAUCUGGUGUGCAGAAGUUGGCCAUUGCUGUAUUAGUUUAAGACAGAGGAGUGACGAGCAGCACUGUAGAUGUUGUAAACUCCAUCUGCCCUUAUGCCGUUUCAGCAUUCUGUCAGUAAGCGCGUUAUGGGAGAUGUAGUAGUAUUGAAGGUUGCCUACCCCUGAACUAGGAAUGAGAUACUAAUGGAAUAAGAUAUGGGUUCCACCAUAAUUUGAUCCCCUGCAACAUAAAGUGAAAACACACACACCACCCCCCACUCUCCCCUGGACUAAUGUUUAAAAUGCUUUUGUUAAACCAUAGGCAGCUAUACGAGGGGAGGAGUGGCGCCCAAUUGAAAUGAAACCGGAGACAAAGCCAAGAAUUGCUGAAACAAUUAAACGACCUCCUGAAAAUCCACCCCCUCGCCCACCACCUGAGGUGCGUAGGAAGCAGGUGGAUGAAGGUGCUGCAGGUGUUGGAUAUAGCAACCCUAUUCCAGUUGGUGAUGAAGUAUGACAUUCUCAAUAAAUGAGGUCUACCCUGGCAGAAUCUCCCCUACCUCUGCCAUACACGCCCUAGAGACAUUUGCAGAAAAAUACAGACAUCAUGGUCUACCCAAUAAUCUGUUACUAUAUCUCACCAGCUUUCUUCUGGUCUAUCCAAAUUGAUGACCCUGAGAACGGGUCUGUAGACCUUCUGUUCUCUCUACAGUGAUCAGCUCAAGCCUUUUUUAGAGGUAACCGGUGGUUGCGCAAGAAGCCACAGUAGUGCAUUCCUCCUCUUGACACCAAAAGGAAAUAUAUCUACAAGGUAUAUAAUUGCAACAUUAUACUCUACUUCCUUAUUUAUCACAAUGGAACUUCCUGAAAACAGACAGCCCUUUCCAGGUUCUAAAAUGCAAGUUAUUUCCUAAAUUUCUGUAGCUGUGCCACACUGUACAACCACAAAAACAGAUUGGACAUACUCCACACUAUAAAUCAAUUACAAGCUAUCGAAAUUUCCCAAAGAUCAGUUACCUCUGAUGCCCAAAAAUAUAUAUAUUAGCAAUUAUAAAAUAAAUCUGUUUCCUGCCUUUUCACUUUACAAAGAGUUGGAUAAUCUAAUGCCACAAAGACCACCUGGGGUUUAUGUUUUAAAAAUAUUGCUGCUUCAGCAAAUGUGUGCCCACUAAUAGGUCAAUUAUUUAUCUAUAUAUAUAUUUUCACCUAGUGUAAUUGUGAAUACCUACUAUUACUCUUGAUUUAGCGGUAAUAGAAGAUCAUUGGCUAUGCUGGCUGUCAAUCAAAAUGUGGUCAAACUAAGCCAUCUAAACAUAAUGUGGUGGGUUGUACAAAUGGCACAUGGACACAAUGGUCCUCUUUGAUGUAAAGAGUAUGGGUUCGCAUGGUCUAUUUCCACCACCCCUCGCCAUGUCACUUAAUAUUUACUCUGCGUCUCCAUGAGCUGUGCGGAUUGGAGGAACACACGGAUUGGAGUGUCCACUUAAAGAGUGCCUACAAAACAAAGGAGGUUGUACAAGUGAAUAAUUUCUUUGCUAUACAAACUUGCUUUAAUAAUAAAAGUUUAAAUUACACCCGAGUGUCC